AUGCGACUAUUAACCUACGCAAAGUACAUUAAGAAUCUUGUAAUGACCAAGCCCAAGAAACCAAUCAUUAGCAUUGUUGGAACUACUGGUGUGGGAAAAUCGCAGUUUAGUAUCGAUUUAGCCAAAGCCAUCAAUGGGGAGAUCAUCAAUGCUGAUUCCAUGCAAGUGUACAAGAAACUUGACAUAAUCACCAAUAAGCACCCUAUGGAAGAAAGAGAAGGGAUACCACAUCAUGUAAUGGAUCAUGUAGAUUGGAACGAGAAAUACUACUUGCAUCCAUUCCGGGAAACUGCCAUAGCUGCGAUUGAUGACAUCCAUGCUCGGGGCAAAAUCCCCAUUGUGAUAGGUGGGACCCAUUACUACUUGCAGACGUUACUUUUCAACAACAAGACUGUAGGUGAAGUGGAAGCUGAGCAUGAAUUGUCUCAAGAACAAUUGGAGAUUUUGGAUGGCCCGGUAGACAGACUUUUUAAAGAGUUGCAACGGGUUGACCCGCUAAUUGCUUCGAGGUACCAUCCUCAAGACGAUCGGAAGUUACGAAGAGCAUUGGAAAUUUGGUAUACUACUGGAAACAAAGCUUCUGACUUAUAUCGAGAACAAAAGUUGGAUGAAUUGGAAGAUAGUUCACUUAAGUACAACACAUUGCUUUUCUGGGUGUACUGUGAUAGACAAGUGCUUAAUCCCAGACUUGAUACCCGAGUAGACAAAAUGAUGGAAUUAGGUGCUGUUGACGAAAUUAAUGAAAUGUAUGAUUAUUUCAAGUCGCGAACCCCUGAACCAGUAUGUACAUCUGGAGUAUGGCAAGUCAUUGGAUUUAAAGAAUUUUUACCCUGGUUGACUUCAGGCAAGACAGACGACUCCUUAUUCAAAGAAGGGGUGGAAAGAAUGAAGAUCCGAACGAGACAAUAUGCCAAAUAUCAAAUCAAAUGGAUCUUAAAUAUGCUUUUAAUUGAAUUGGAAAAGGAAGCAAGGUUUAAUUACAAAUAUGGUGGGAAAUUAUACAUCCUUGACGCUACCGAUUUAACCCAGUGGCAUGAAAAUGUUCAACAAAGAGGAAUAGAAAUAGCCAAGCAAUUCCUCGAACAUGGACCACCAAACGUGGAAAUCCCACAAGCACCAAAACAUUUAAUGCAUAUGUUUACUAAAUCGAAGGGACAUAUAACCAGUAGUCAAAAAGUUUUGGAUGCAGAUUUGAAAUGGAAACAUUAUACUUGUGACAUUUGUAAAGAUAAAUCAGGUAAACCUCAUGUAAUGUUAGGAAAAGAUGUUUAUGAUCUGCAUUUGGCUAGUAGAAGACAUAAACGGGGUGUAUAUGCUGCCAAAAAACGAGAAGGUAAAUUAAAUUGGCAACUUACCUUGGAAGAAAGAAAGAAGCAAUCAGUUUCUGAUAGCGAAAUGAGUGAUGAACAUGAAAAACAAGAAUCUCCUGUUAAAUAG